AUGUUAACGACCCCUUUAAAGAAAUGCAUUCGUUCAACUUCGAUUCGGGCCCUUACACAGCGCCCUAAAGUAGCUUUCGGACGCCCUUUUGUAUCCUCAAGCCGAGCUCUGCAGAAUGCAGGUGUACGCCAGCCGCCCCAUUCUGACAGUGUUCAUUUCCCUGGCGCCCUCAACUCAAAGUUCUCGAAUACUCUCAAAUUCCAGAAAUCGGAAGAUACACCAGCGAUACCAACGUACAGGCUGAUCGAUACCAAUGGGGCUCUGUUAGAUACCAGCAGAGAGCCGGACUUGAGUAAAGAAAAGGCUUUGAAGAUGUAUAGGGAUAUGGUUGCUACUAGUGUUAUGGAUUUACUUAUGUAUGAAUCCCAACGGCAAGGAAGAAUAAGCUUCUACAUGGUUUCUGCCGGCGAAGAAGGUAUAGCAGUCGGAUCCGCUGCUGCAUUAGCAGACAACGAUAUCAUUUUCUCCCAGUAUAGAGAGCAAGGUGUAAUGAUGUACAGGGGCUUUACACUAGACGAGUUUAUGAAUCAGUUAUUUUCGAAUAGAUUUGAUUAUGGGAAAGGAAGGAACAUGCCCGUGCAUUACAUGAGUGAGAGAUUAUACCUACACUCGAUUUCUUCUCCCCUUGCAACUCAAAUCCCACAUUCAGUAGGCGCAGCAUAUGCUCUAAAGCUCUCCGGCGAAAAUCGUAUAGCUGUUUGCUAUUUCGGUGAAGGUGCUGCCUCGGAGGGCGACUUUCAUGCAGCACUUAACAUUGCUGCAACGAGAUCCUGUCCAGUUGUUUUCAUUUGUAGAAACAACGGGUACGCUAUCAGUACGCCUACCUUGGAGCAAUACAAGGGAGAUGGCAUUGCAAGUAGAGGCGUAGGCUAUGGUAUUGAUACCAUCAGAGUUGACGGGAAUGAUAUCAUGGCAGUAAUGGAAGUGACGAAACAGGCGAGAAAUAUUGCCAUGACCAGCCAAAAACCAGUCUUGAUUGAGGCUAUGUCGUACCGCGUUUCACAUCACUCGACAAGUGAUGAUUCGUUUGCUUAUAGAGCGAAAGUGGAAGUCGAGGACUGGAAACGACGAGAUAAUCCAAUCACGAGGAUGCGAAAAUGGCUUGAACUUAGAUCCUGGUGGUCAGCUGAUGAAGAGACACAGCUUCGGACAAAUCUGCGCAAAGAAGUGCUACAAGCCUUUGCACGUGCCGAGAAAGAAAAGAAGCCAGCUAUCAAGAAUCUAUUUCUUGAUAUCUUUGAGAAACCGAGCGAGGACUUGAACGAACAGUUACAGCAGCUUAAGAGGAUCAUUGAGGAGUAUCCCGACGAGUAUGACGUAGAAAGCUACGAAGGCGGGAAGAACGGUUUAUAA